UGGUGCCCUUUCACAUUGCACACUUUUUGGUCCCAACACGACAGCCACCAACGCUCUCCAGUAGCUUCAAAAUUGAAUUGCCAGAGUCGCCAGACACAUCCAUAGAGGAUAGAGUAUCUUUGAGCGUGAAUCUACCCUGCCUGCGUACAGGAAUUGCCGGCGAUAUAGCAGUUAUGGAGGCGGCUGGCCUGGACCAGCUCUAGUGCGGUGCACCGUCCACUGUAAUGGUUUCCCUUGGGCAGGUGAGCGCCUGUAACGGCAUGUCCACAGUGCGCCUGCGACAAAAUCGGUCGACCUCGCCUGGCUCCUCUUUUCCCUCCUCAUGCACUCUCUUCGUCCGCUUCAGUUCCUGUGACCGUCAACACAACCAUUGUAGGCCGCUCAGGACGUCCAUGGUAAGUCAUCAGUCCUCCAAACACACGCUCAACACUCGGGAACAGGUGCUUCCUACUUCCCAUGUAUCCAAUGACGUUCGCACCGCCAUGCCUCCUCCCCAGCAUUCCGGCGCUUGGCCUGCGACGACGACGGCUUCCACCUGCUCGCAGGAGGCCCGUUCCCUUCCUUUGCCAUGUCAUCGAAGCCUCUUUACCUUUGCGAUCACUGACAAAGUCCACAGAUCUCGUUUGCUCCAAGAUCUGUUGCCCUUUUCCUUCGACUGCCUCGACCCUCGUCCUCAGCGUACACCGCACCGCAACACCCUCGAUCCCAUCCGGCGCUUACCUCCUGGCACCCAGGGGGAAUACCAUUUCGAAGUUCAAUCGUAUAUCGGCCCUCUGAACAAGUCGAGAAAUCCUUCAUCUGAGUUCUUCUCGAGGUCAGAAGUGGGUUUCGUUUAAUCUCGCCCAGCGACACCCUGACGGGGCUUUGACCCGUCAUCUCUCGAGUGUGGACUCCGCCCCAUUUGAGUCGAAUCUGCCGUCAC